CCAGCCUUCCUGCUGCCCAUGGCAGAUCCUGUGAAGUGAAAACGCAGGCUUUUGCUGUGAAAUCGCCCCAAUCCCCAAAUAAACUCUGCUUUUCUCUGUCUGAUCCCUCCAAAAUCCCUCCAUACCAAACAUCCAAACAACAGUUUUCGGGGGGCUUCUUCUGCUGCUGCUUGCUUCCUUUCCGGCUCACUCCCUCCCAAAACGAGCAUUUUUAUGGUACCCUAGUAGUUACAAGAGAAAGAGUCGAAAUUUUAAGCUUCAUCCUCUUGGACGCCGGUGCACCGGCGGCCAUGGACGCUUCCAACCCCGACGACGCGGUGCUCUUCUUCGGGGUGUCGCUCGUGCUCGGGAUCGCAUCCCGCCACCUCCUCCGCGGCUCCCGCGUCCCCUACACCGUCGCGCUGCUCGUCCUCGGCAUCGCCCUAGGAUCGCUAGAAUACGGGACGAAAGAUGGUCUAGGGAAACUUGGAGCUGGGAUUCGUAUCUGGGCUAACAUAAAUCCUGACCUUCUUCUCGCCGUUUUCCUUCCUGCGCUCCUCUUUGAAAGCUCCUUCUCCAUGGAAAUACACCAGAUCAAGAAAUGCAUGGCACAAAUGCUAUUACUUGCUGGCCCAGGCGUGCUAAUAUCGACAUUUUUUCUUGGCACUGCUUUGAAGCUUACUUUUCCAUACAAUUGGGACUGGAAAACUUCAUUGUUGCUUGGUGGGCUGCUCAGUGCCACCGAUCCUGUUGCUGUGGUUGCGCUUCUAAAAGAUCUCGGAGCAAGUAAAAAGAUCAGCACAAUCAUCGAGGGAGAAUCCUUAAUGAAUGAUGGGACUGCUAUUGUGGUCUAUCAGUUAUUCUACCAAAUGGUGCUCGGAAGAACCUUCAAUGCAGGGUCAAUAAUAAAGUUCUUGUCAGAAGUUGCACUUGGAGCUGUUGCUUUGGGCCUUGCAUUUGGAAUUGUAUCAGUACUAUGGCUGGGCUUUAUUUUCAAUGAUACAAUCAUAGAGAUUUCUCUUACUCUUGCCGUCAGCUAUAUUGCUUUCUUUACUGCACAAGAUGCGCUGGAGGUCUCUGGUGUUUUGACUGUCAUGACCUUGGGAAUGUUUUAUGCAGCUUUUGCAAAAACUGCUUUUAAGGGUGACAGUCAGCAAAGUUUGCAUCAUUUCUGGGAAAUGGUUGCUUACAUUGCGAACACGCUUAUAUUCAUUCUGAGUGGGGUUGUUAUUGCAGAUGGUGUGCUACAAAAUAAUAUCCAUUUUGAGAGGCAUGGCACUUCAUGGGGGUUCCUUCUUCUGCUCUAUGUCUUAGUGCUAGUAUCACGGGCUUUAGUUGUUGGUGUUCUAUAUCCGCUGUUGCGUCACUUCGGGUAUGGUUUGGACCUGAAAGAAGCCACAAUUCUCGUUUGGUCAGGGCUGCGAGGGGCUGUUGCUCUAUCACUAUCACUGUCUGUUAAACGUACUAGCGAUGCAGUUCAACCGUAUCUGAAACCGGAAGUCGGAGCAAUGUUUGUGUUCUUCACUGGUGGCAUCGUUUUUCUGACUUUGAUUUUGAAUGGUUCUACCACACAAUUUUUGUUGCACCUACUUGGUAUGGACAAACUUUCUGCAACAAAGCUUCGCAUAUUAAACUAUACAAGAUAUGAAAUGCUAAACAAGGCAUUGGAGGCUUUUGGUGAUCUUAGGGAGGAUGAAGAACUUGGACCUGCUGAUUGGGUUACUGUUAAGAAAUAUAUCACAUGCUUGAAUAACUUGGAAGAUGAGCGUACGCAUCCUCAUGAUGUUUCUGACAGAGACGACCACGUGCAUACCAUGAACUUAAGGGAUAUUCGAGUGCGGCUUUUGAAUGGUGUGCAAGCCGCUUAUUGGGGAAUGCUUGAAGAGGGACGGAUAACUCAAGCUACAGCAAAUAUUUUAAUGAGAUCAGUUGAUGAAGCUAUGGAUCUCUCUAGCCAAUCAUUAUGUGACUGGAAGGGGUUGCGGUCCAGUGUCCAUUUCCCAAAUUACUAUAGGUUCCUUCAGAUGAGUAGGUUGCCGCGAAGGCUUAUCACACAAUUUACAGUAGAAAGAUUGGAGUCAGGAUGUUACAUAUGUGCUGCAUUUCUUCGUGCUCAUAGAAUUGCAAGGAGACAACUGCAUGAUUUUCUUGGUGAUAGUGAGAUUGCAAGAAUUGUUAUUGAUGAAAGUAAUGCUGUUGGGGAGGAGGCUAGAAAGUUUUUGGAAGAUGUCCGUGUAACAUUCCCUCAGGUGCUUCAUGUGCUAAAGACUAGACAGGUGACAUAUUCAGUAUUGACACACUUAAGUGAGUAUAUUCAAAACCUCCAGAAAACUGGAUUACUCGAAGAAAAGGAGAUGGUCCAUCUAGAUGAUGCUUUGCAGACAGACUUGAAGAAGCUUAAGAGGAAUCCACCAUUGGUGAAAAUGCCAAGAGUCGGCGAUCUUUUAAACACUCAUCCUUUGGUCGGCGCACUGCCUGCUGCUAUGCGUGAUCCGUUGUUAAGUAAUACAAAAGAAGCAGUAAAAGGACAUGGAACAGUCCUUUAUAGGGAAGGCUCAAGGCCAACUGGUAUAUGGCUCGUUUCAGUUGGAAUAGUAAAGUGGACAAGUCAGCGACUGGGCAGCAGGCAUUCAUUGGAUCCAAUUUUAUCACAUGGAAGCACUUUGGGUCUAUAUGAAGCAUUAAUAGGGAAGUCUUAUAUUUGUGACAUGAUUACAGAUUCCGUGGUGCAUUGUUUCUUCAUUGAAGCUGAAAAGAUAGAGCAAUUGCGUCAGGCAGAUCCUUCUAUUGAGGCUUUUCUGUGGCAGGAAAGUGCUCUAGUCAUUGCCAGAGUUUUGCUCCCUCGGAUAUUUGAGAAAAUGGCAAUGCAUGAGAUGAGGGUUCUCAUUGCUGAAAGAGCUAAUAUGAACAUCUACAUUAAGGGGGAAGAUAUUGAACUUGAGCAUAAUACCAUCGGGGUCUUACUGGAAGGAUUUUUGAAGACAAGGAACCAAAGUUUGAUCACGCCUCCAGGAGUACUUCUACCAUCAAACACCGAUCUGAACUUGUUUGGUCUGCAGUCUUCAGCCUCCAACCGUAUGGACUUCUGCUACACUGCACCCAGCUAUCAGGUGGAAGCUAGAGCUAGGAUUAUCUUCUUUGAAAUAGGAAGGGCAGACACAGAGGCCAAUCUGCAAAGAAGCAUGUCUCAAACUGUCGAAGUGCCACGGAUGCUGAGCAAAGAGCAUAGCGGGUUGCUGAGUUGGCCGGAGAGCUUCCGGAAAUCCAUAGGGCCUCAACAUGCCAGCUUAACUGAUAUCAGAAACCAUCCUGGUAGCCUGUCUGCUAGAGCUUUGCAGCUGAGCAUGUACGGCAGCAUGAUUAAUGUCAUGGACGCUGGUCAGAAGUUUCGUCGUGGCGGGUUGCAAGCAAGCCAGAAGAACCAGAAGCAGAGUUCAUCCUACCCAAGAGUCCCUUCAAGGUCAUCCAACGCACGGCCUCUGCUAUCUGUGCAGUCCGAGGGUUCCAAUCUGAUGAGCAGAAAAGCUCCAGCUCUGGCUCCGGCUCCAGCUCCAGCAGCGGGGGCAAGCCGGCAAAGGCAGCGCAAGGCGAUAGAAGAUGACAAGUCGAGUGAUGAGUCAGCAGGAGAAGAAGAGGUCAUUGUCAGGGUCGACUCUCCCAGCAUGCUGUCUUUUACUCAGGCACCGCAUGGCAACUGAACAUACCAUGGAUGGUUUGUUACCUACCUGUACCAUUACUUGUCUUUCUUGUGUCACCCUGUCUUACAAAGUCACCAUGCAUGUGUAUAAGUCCAAUGAUAAUAAUUCUGGCACGUUUGUAACUUUCAAGUACAGUUAAGGGCAAAA